AUGGACAUGCCCGACAUGGGCAGACGACCUUGGCGUAUUCACCAGAGAGUGGACUCAUCAACCGCUUGGUUUGUACUCCAGUGGAUUUCAGUUAUGACCACCGUCCUCCUUGUCCUUGCUCUUGGCGCAUUCCUUCUUUAUGUUGUCAGUCGUGGUGUUCCGAAAUCCAGCUCACGCAGGGCACGAGUCAGUGGCAUGUCACCCAAGAUGAAAGUUGUCCUGGCUUUGACAAUGCUCGUGGACUAUUCGUGCACUGACCAGUACCAGCCAAACAUCCCAGCCAUGGCCAAGUUCUUCAUGGUAUCUCCAACUGAAAUGGGCUUCACGAUCCAGAUCCAUCUGCUCUUCUGUGCCCUAGGGAUGACAGUUGUUGGCCCGCUUUCUGACCGAAUAGGCAGGAGGCCAGUCAUACUGGCUUGCCAGCUGAUGCAAGCAAUCAGCACCGUCACUUGCAUGUGCGCCUCCAGCAUUGGUUGGUUUAUGGCCGGUCGAGCUAUUCAAGGAUUAGCAGCCUCGGUCUAUGUUGCGAUUCUCGCAAGCAUGCGAGACUGCUUUGACGAUGCUGCCAGCAGGCAGCGCGCGAUGGGUGCCAUGAUGUCUGUGAUGCUCAUAGGCCCGAUCUUCGCCCCUGCUGUCGGAGGGUACCUGGCUUCUGAUUUUGGCUGGAGAUGUCCCUUUGGCCUGUUAGCCAUCUUCGCCGUUGCUCUGGCAUGCAUAAGCUACCACGUCAUUCACGAGACGGCCCCGGCACAUGAAGAAGCCAGCAACUUGGCCCCGGCCUCAGCUGUGGUAGCGUGA